CUGUUGUAUAUCAGUCAAACUACGAAAAGGCCUACGAGUCAAAUCUUUCACUUGAAACCAAAUUUUCGCUGGCUAUCAUUCCUAGGUUGUUGGGCAUGGCUUCAAUCAUACAUGAAUGAUGUUUAUUUCCAAAACUCUGCCUACCUUUUAUCAUUCCCCUGUACAGUGGUUCAUGGUAUACUGUCAUCCAACAUAGUACGACCGCUAUGCAAUGGAAGCUGGACAAAUAUUUCAAAUGUUUGCGGCAGAAUAUUGGCCCCUUGCUUACGAAUGCUAACUUCAAUCCCACUUCAUGGAGGAAUGAAAGGCUACUACGACAGGUACUGAUCUUCUAAAUGGACAAAUCAGACUAAACCUUUGAAAGGGACAUUCCACCAGUUCACCUGUUCACAGAACAGACUGCACACCUCAGCAUAUCAGUCGACCUAUAACUCCUCCAUCCCACAGAAGGAGCAAGCACUCUUUCUGGUGAUCUCCUCUAGACCACAAACAAUGGCCACCGAGUGUGAGGUGAACAAAUCCCGCCGCUUCGAUCGCGGCAUGUCGAGGCGGACACGAAAACCAGUGAGCCUCGUCGCUUGUUAUGAAGAUCGGUAUGUGCCGCCCCUGGCACGACAGCUGCUCCACGAGGCCAAGCUGAAGAGAUUGCUCCGGUGCGAAGAUACAAAAGAGCUGCAGGCACCUCAGCAAUGUGAAGAUGCAGAGCAGCAGCUGGAGAUUCCACUGGCACCACAUGAGUGUGAAGGUGUUGAGAAGAAGGCACCAGAGCAAUAUCAAGAUGAGCAAGAGAAGAAACCGCAGCAAUAUGAAGAUGAAGAGCAGGAGAAGAAACCACAUCUGCACCAAGAUGAGGAGCAGAACAUACCAGAGCAAUAUCAAGAUGAGGAGGAGACAGAACAGCAACAGCAAGAUGAUGAUGCGCCAGAGCAAUGCCUAGAUGAGGAUCAAAAGACACCGAAGCAAUACCAAGAUAAGGAGUUGGAGGAAGAGGAGGAGCAAAACAUACCAGAGCAGUACCAAGGUGAGGAGUUGGAGGAGGAUCAAAAGACACCAGAGCAAUACCAAGAUGAGGAGUUGGAGACCGAGGAGGAGGAGCAAAACAUAGCAGAGCAAUACCAAGACGAGGAGGAGGAAGGGGAUGAGCAAAACAUACCGGAGCUAUAUCUUGGUGAAGAGCAAAAGAUAGCACAACAAUACCAAGAUGAGAAGGCACCAGAGGAAUGCCAUGUUGAGGAGCAAACGGCACCAGAGAAGUGCGAAGACGAGGAAGAGAAGACAUGCAAACAAUGCCAAGAUGGGGAUGAGAAGCCAUCAGAGCAAUAUCAAGACGAAGAUGAGAAGACAUCAGUGCAACAUCAAGAUGAAGAACAGAAGGCACAGCAGGGAGGCCGAGACACGAAGCAGAAGACCCUGGCGCAGCGCCUGAGCGGAAAAAAGCCGACCGCGCCUGUCGGCGACGUGCCACGGCUUUCCCUUCUGGAGCUGAUACGGGAGAAGCAGCUUGGCAAUGGCGAAGCAAAAGCUGGCAGGGACUUCGGCUACGGGGAGAAUGCCAUCGCUGACCAUAGAGCAGCAGCAGCAGCAGCUGGCGGCACAACAUUGGCUAUGGUGAUAAGGAGGCCCGACGGAGGGAAGAAGAAGUCGCCGGGAAUCGUCCGCCGCUGCGUGAAGGCCUUGAACCAGAUGAUCAAGGCCAAGCAUGGGUCCAAGAAGAGCGUGCCUUUCAAGGAGGUAUGAACACAGGUACACAGUUUCUUACUAUACUCCGGACAUCUCAGAAUAAUGCAAGAUUGCGCAAAAACUAGAUUUUGGGCAAUGACGCAAUAUGAUGAGCAAAUUCUGCCAGGGAACUCCACAGCAAACCCUGCCUUCUACCUAGAGCAGAUCUGUUAUCAGAGAUGUUGUUUUAUGGCAUCUGAUCAGUUAUGUACUUACUCAAACGAUGUACCGGAUGAAACAUCAGCGAGUCUAUCUAGAUAAUCUUCGAACUAUUUACUGUAUAGAAUCAUGGACAUGAAGGAGUUGCUCAGUUCUACCGACAGUUUCUCCCGGGUCGGCAAGGGUGUGCUGGUGCGCACUCCCUUUCGUUUC